CCCCCCCCACACACACACACCUUUGAAUGUGGCUGCAUUCCAUGUACUCCAACUUCUCUUUGUUAUAACAGAGAAAACAUCUUGAAAGAUGUAUUUAAAAUCAGACAGAAGUUGAAGUCAGAUUUCAUCAUCUCCAGUAAACGAAAUAAUCAGUGUCCGUAGAUAGCUAGUUCUCCUCUGUUAGUCCAUUUCAGAGCGGGUUUGACCUUUGACCUUAAUCUGAUUAUAACACCAUGUUUCCUGUGACUUGAUGAAGUGACUUCCUCUCAUUACCUAAGCUCUUUUUGUGUGAUGGGUAUCUUUAAGGGCUCGUUAUCUGACUGAUGUCGAGGGUAAACAGCUGCAUGGGGUGGAAUUGUUACGUUAAAACUCAGAACUGGUCAUUUUCUUAGCAAAGGAAGGUCAGAAACUUAGCUACAGGAGGACACGGCUAAAACACACACACACACACACACACACACACACACACACACACACACACACACACUUCCUCCUCUUCCUGUGACCCCAGAGCUUCAGAAGCCUUUACUAAACUUCAGUCCUGCAGAAAUUUCCUGUUCAGAUGCAGCAGAGAUUGGGCGAGGUGACAAGAACUCUUCUUCUUUUACACACACACACACCACUUCACACGCUGGUACAUCAAGUCCGUUUCUUAAUGAAGUUUUAAUGGGAACUGUUCAUCAUCAGGCUGUCAUCGCCUGACCCUUCAACUCAUCCAGCGCCCACAUUUCUGGAAUUGAAAAACACUUUUUAAUUUAGUCACAGAUCUUCCCUGAAAGUCUGUCUGGAACCGUCCUUUCCCAGCGUCUGCCUCCCUGCGACCGUCUGAAUGGAACUUGUUGUGUUGUCACGUUUGGGUGGAGGAGGGAAUGCUGUGAGUGGGAACGGCUCGCUCCUGAAGCGCCGAUUGCUGCUACAAACGGCCACUUUGUGACUGCUGAUCUCACUUCUCUCGGGUCCCCUCCGCCCCCUCCCCGUCAUGUUGCCACAGCGAUGGCAUGAGGUGGCUCAGGUCGGCUUUUCAUGUGCCGGAUCCGGCUGAACUGUGACCGAUGCGGACCAAGGCUCGCCUGGAGGAGCCGGCGGGCAGCUUGAAACGAGCGUCUGAUACCGAGCAGGAUGCAGCGGUGAAACUGGACCAGGAGCGGGCUGAAAUCGUCGCCAAAUAUGACAAGGGGAAGGAGGCCACCGUGGAGCCAUGGGAGGACACCGACUUCCACCUGUACAAAGUCAUCGACCGCUUUGGAUUCGUCCAUGAAAACGAACUGCCGUCCACCGACUCGCUGGAGGAAAAGCAAAAACACCUGGAGGUGGAGCGGACCAGCAAGUGGCUGAAGAUGCUGAAGAGCUGGGACAAGUACAGGAACAGCGAGAAGUUGGUUCGGAGGAUCUACAAGGGCAUUCCCCUGCAGCUCCGAGGGGAGGUGUGGUGUUUGCUGCUCGACGUUCCCAAAAUAAAGGAAGACAAGAAAGAUCUCUACGAGAAGCUGAAAGCCAGAGCGCGACUGAUCUCCCCCGACGUCCGACAGAUCGAUCUGGACGUGAACAGAACCUACCGAGACCACAUCAUGUUCAUGAAUCGCUACGACGUCAAGCAGCAAGCGCUGUUCCACGUCCUAGCGGCGUACUCGCUCUACAACACGGAGGUGGGCUACUGCCAGGGCAUGAGUCAGAUCACAGCUCUGCUGCUGAUCUACAUGAACGAGGAGGACGCCUUCUGGGCUCUGGUCAGGCUGCUGUCGGGACAGAAGCACGCCAUGCACGGCUUUUUUGUCCCCGGUUUCCCAAAGUUGAUGCGUUUCCAGGAACACCACGACCGGAUCCUGAAGAAGAUGAUUCCCAAACUGAAACAUCACUUGGACAACCAGGAAGUGUUCACCAGCCUUUACACUAUGAAGUGGUUCUUCCAGUGCUUCCUGGACAGAACGCCCUUCACGCUCACCCUCAGGAUCUGGGACGUCUACAUUUUGGAGGGAGAGCGGAUUCUGCCGGCCAUGUCCUACACGAUCCUCAAACUGCACAAGAAGCACCUGAUGAAGCUGUCCAUGGAGGAGCUGGUGGAAUUUCUGCAGGUGUCAUUAGCCAAAGAUUUCUUCUACGAGGACGACUUUGUAAUCGAGCAGCUCCAGGCGUCCAUGACGGAGCUCAGGAGGGCUAAGCUGGAGCUUCCAGCGCCAGCUAAAGAAGAAGAAUUUCCCAAGAAGCCUUUGGGCCAGCUUCCUCCGGAGGUAACAGCACCGGUGCUGAACCAUGUGGGCAAUGGACAGAGCCACGCUGAUCCGGCCGAGCCACACGGGAUCGCUAGUCCGGUACUGGAACCCCAGGGCAACAGUCGACCCUCGAGCCUGGCACGCCGGGAAUCGCUGGAUAAACUGACCAAGAACACAAAGGUGGACAAAAGGGAUGUCCAUUCAAGGGGAUCGAACGACAUCCCAGGAGAGCAAAAGAAACAGUCCACCACUGCCACACCUGAGAGAGGAGGGAGUUCCCCUUUGGGACCCUCCCCAGUGUCUCCGAUCACAGCGGUGGACAGCAGGAAGCCUCAGAGCCACGCCAUCGCCAACCACAAUCCCGACGCUGCCUCCAGCUCACACAGAUCCAUCACCCCCCGCUGGGUCAAACCUUCCGAGACAAAACUGGAAGCUGCCAAAGCUGCAGCCUCCCUAGAUAUCCGGCUGAGCCGUGGGACUUCACCAGCUCCGUCCAGUCCAGAAGACAGCUCUCAGCCCCAACGCAGACCAAAAUCCAAAGGAUUCGUCUCUGGGGCUGAGCGAGGCUCCAACGCUUCUCAGUACGACAACGUUCCAGGGCUGCCAGAACAGGACUUUGAGAUUUUGGAUCUGGACAGACCACCAACCAGAAUGAGGACCCCUCACAACGAAACGCAGUUUAGUGUGCCAGCAUGGCAUCAGAGCAGCCCCAGCCGAGGACAAAACCUGGACGGAAGUACCGCUUUGUCCUCAUCAGGACCCAGAAUUGUUAGGCAGCCUCUCCCUGCUCAGUUCUCUCACAACAACCCAGUAGGGGUCCCAGCCAGCCAAAACCAGUAUCCUCCCCACCAGCAUUCCCCAAGGAGAACUACAACAGAGGUCCCCAUCCUCCACCCGGGUUACAGCGUGAGUCUGGACCACAGAGGGGACAGCAGACUCCAUGGACCCUCAGGUUUUAGCUCACCCUCCAGGGAACUUGUGUACGCCACCACCCAGCGGCAACCCAGCACUGUCUCCCCUGAGAAGGCUUUCCUAAAUAAUUCCUACGCCACCUACCGAAGGCAGCCACCACCAGGAAUCUCCACCCGCAACCUCCCAAACACCAGAUCUCCACCCAACCAGUUCCUGAGGCUAGAACCCCAGAGCAGCUCCACCCCUAUCUACCUGCAGCAGCUUACAUCCACCUCACAGAUCUACACCGUCAUGGACCACAGAGCCGAGGGGCACCUGAGGGGCGAGUCCAACCUGCCACGGUGGGAUCCAGAAAACCCUCUUCCCCCUCCCUCACCUGGUGGCAUGCACCGAUCGCCCAGCUUCCAGCAAGCACAAAUGUCUCCAGUUCGAGAGUUCACCUUCCCCCCGAACCCUCAAGUCCCGCCUCAAUACAGGACCCAGUUCCAGGAGCAGCGGCCACAGCUCCCCCAGCUGUUCGGAGGAUCACACUACAGGCACGCCCAGGAGGCGUUUGCCAUGCAGGAGUCCAUGCUGCUGUGACUGAGCAACCAGACACUGUAGCUAACUGACACGUAGUCUCUGACACUGUGAUGAAGACGAGCUUCAUCUGGGACCUGACGAUCUGCAUCGUAACGCUGCAGGACACCAGCCUCUGUCGUUUCUACUGAUCACUUUAAAACUGACUGAAGAUUUUAUUUUAUUUUUGGAUGUAAAUCAUUAACAGAGGUUACAGUAUAUAUAUAUAUAUAUAUAUAUAUAUAUAUAUAUAUAUAUAUAUAUAUAUAUAUAUAUAUAUAUAUAUAUAUAUAUAUAUAUAUAUAUAUAUAUAUAUAUGUACACACACAUACAUAUAUAUCUUUUAGAGUCUGACAGUGUACAGUGGAAUUUUUGUGUUAAUAUUCUAAAGUUAUUAGUGUCACAGGAGUGUUUUCUCCUUAAAGAAGCAAAAUGGAUUCUUUAUUUUUUAUAUCUUACAGCUAACUCCACAUGCUUGUGAAUGUGUCUUUAAAACUGUUCUACUACCUAGACAGCAGGUCAGCGGACGUCUUUAGUUCAGUCAUGACAGGAAACACUGGUUUGACCGUGUGGUUUCUAACAGAAAUGCUUCAGUUGUCGUUACAGUUCCAUUUCAGUUAGACUCCUGAUUGUUAUGUGAUGCCUAUGGUUUUAAUUAUAAACACUGAGGUAUGUGAGUGUAGAGCAAUACAAAUGUCACAUGACUCACUUAGCAACAACCGUUUUAGUUGGUCUCGGGCAUCCCAAGGUGGAUGUAAACAACUUUAACUAGGUUUUGAUUUCAACACUGUUAACUAUUGUUUGCUUUUCAUGGAUUUACUGUCACACUACAGGUAACAGGUGUGUGUGUGUGUGUGUGUGUGUGUGUGUGUGUGUGUGUGUGUGUGUGUGUGUGUGUGUGUGUGUGUGUGUGUGUGUGUGUGUGCGUGCGUGCGUGCGUGCGUGC